CUCCUCGUCGCCCUUGUCCAGCCUGUUCUCGUCAGGCAUCCACUCGUUCGGAUUGACUCCUCUUACUUUUCUUCUUAAUCCUGGUGUGUCUUCGCCUUAUUUUGCAUUCCCAUCACUUUUGUCUCUCGUUUUCUUUAUUCGACCAACUUCGGUUUCGCGAUCUGUCAGGGGCACAGAACCUUACAAUCACAACAAAGCAAACAACACCCAAUAAUAAAGGAUAAUGGUAAACUGAAGGAUCCGCCAUCCAACUUCUAAUGAAGACCUGCGUCACAAUUUAACUCAGCUUGUCACCUACCCGAUUACGUUUCGAGAAAAGGAAAGGCUUCGCACCAUCUUCUUUUUCUUUUUUUUCUUCACGCCGUUGAGGGCCUUCUGCACCUCGAGCUCGGACCAUGGCAGAGAACUGCAUUUCGCUCAAAGACUCAACAACAUGCCCUGCAUUCGCCAGUGCCUCCGUCUCUACCAGACAGGACAUUGUGGAUCAAUUUCCCUUCCUCGAAUUCGUUUCCUCUGUCAAAGACUUCGACAAAGAGCUGCAGAAUUACGUGCAUCAUGACUAUGUCAAGCGAAAAUAUCAAGACCUUCUGGGCUGUUCCAACGUCAAGCUUACAAACACCAGUUCUCUCUAUGCCCGAUAUACCACUAGUGUCAUUUGCAACGGGAUAGUUCAAAGCUCAAGGGGGAUUUGCAAUGUUUCACCGGACGAUUCGCGACCGCUUUGUGCUGACACAUGUGCAUUAUCGGCUACGAGCGAAGAACUAGUUGCGGUCAAUCCAGACUUAUGUGGCACCCCAAAGUCGAACUUUAUGGACCAAAUCCGCUCUGAUUUUACCAUAUGCGCAAAUCCCGCAGACUCUCUGACCGGAAAAUGUAUCUCUGGGAGCGAAAACGAACCGGCUGAAUGUGGCUACGGCCCCAAUUUGCUUGGACUUUGCGGGUUCUGUGCGGAAAGCUCACCGAAUGCAACCGAUUCAUGUUGUGUUGCUGCAGACGCUACAAAUCGAUGCCGUGGUCUAGAACUGCCGACAGUGCCCUCUUUACCUCCACUCUUCCCGUCGUCCACUUCAAGUUCUAACCCGUCAGCUAGCGCGGGUGCUGGCACCGGACUCUCUGGUGGAACAAUUGCAGGUAUUGUCGUUGGAUCUGUAGCCGGUAUUGCCUUGUUGGGUGCAUUGGCGGUAUUUUUGUUCAUAUUCCUCCGCCAGAGACGUGACCGGAACAGCAGUAUAUUCAACCAACCAUCACCUCCACGAAAGGGGACGAGUUCGAUGCAAUAUGCCCCUGGAAACAUGGCUCAGGGCCCUGGCUUUGACGUUCUACCAGGAGGGCGCGUUGCCCGAAUGUCUGCUUUACAAAACAACGACGAUUCUCCACGUGGCACCGCUGCCAUGAAAUACGAUUCGUCGGAUUCCGAAGCUUUUGCUAGCCCCGCCAGUGGCACCAGAAGACGACCUCCGGUUACUGGUAGAAGAAACGGUUCAUUAUCCAGCGCAUCUGCUCUCGCUGGUGACGGCGAUACAACGUCUCCAAAAUCUGGGAGCGGCGCACAAUUCUCAUCUCCAGAGGGCGUCGCUAGCGGCCAAUCGGAACAGCUUCCUUAUUUCAGAGACUAUUACUCGCAAGAUGACAUUCACCCCAACGACAAGGUAGCCGUGCUGUGGGCUUAUCAACCUCGUGCAGCUGAUGAAUUCGAGCUCGAACGAGGCGAUAUGCUUAAAGUCGUCGGCAUCUGGGACGAUGGAUGGGCUACCGGUAUUCGUCUUAAUGAAACUGUCGAAGACUAUGAUGGCAAACACAAAGCACAGCGCGACAGUGGUGUUUCUAACGGUACUGAUAGACGGGGGUCAUCCCCGGCUCCCACUGGUGAAAUUAAGGCCUUUCCGCUUGUCUGCGUUUGUCUACCCGAACACUGGAGAAAGACGAUCGAAGGAGAUCCCCAGACGAGAUCGAGCAUGGACAGCCAGUAAUGUGAUGUCCUCCUAUCUCUUUCUCUUGGUUCAAUGUCGUCAUGUCUUCACGAAUGUGUGGUAUUGUGUGUUUCCAUCGGCGUUUUCGCGAAAUCGGUCGAAGCUUGAGUGUCUCUAGAAGACGUUGGUCUCAAUCAGCUUUCUUUUCUUCCGUUUUUAUAGGAUAUUCCCUCCAUAUACAUCGAGAUUACGUGUAUGGUCGAGCCCCGGUUGAGGUUUCCCUUCACCCCCAAAUUUCAUAUUUCCACACCCAUUGUCCUUCCCAAAAUUUUCCUACAUUCUUGCCUGUUGGCGCUCUCCAGGUAGCCAUUGUUGUGUCUGUUAGGACUGCUGGCCCAAUUUGUGUUCCAUAUGAGCCUAGAUUCUCUUACUCUUCAUUCUCCGCUGGUCGCCCUAUCGCUGCUAACAGUGAUAUUUUUUUCACAGCCAUUUGUGAUUCUGUUCUUGAGCACUUAUUUUGUCAGGUUCUGUAAUUUUAUCCCAGAUAUGUAUGUACCUAGUUAU